AUGGUGGCUCCCAGGGCCCGGCUCCUGUGCCUGCUGCUGCUGAGUCUGGUCCUCCUUGGGGCUGCAAACCGAGCCCACCAGCAUCCCAUGGAGACCCACACUCCCAACAUCAAUCCUGCCUGGUACACAGGCCGUGGGAUUAGGCCUGUGGGCCGCUUUGGCCGGAGGAGGGCAGCCUUGCAGGACAUUGCCCGGGCUGGCUUGCGGUGCCGGCUGAGCUGUCUCUCCCUGGAGGAUGGCACCGAGUAG